AUGAGUUCGACCACGAAAAGCUAUUGGACCCAAUGGGACAGCUUGCUGAUUCAGGAUGGAGUUCUGUGCCGUAAAUGGGAAAAUGGUCGGGGAGACAGGUGUCAUUUGCAAAUGGUUGUCCCUAAGGCUAAAGUACCGGAUGUUCUACAGCUGUACCAUAGUGGUUGUUCAGGAGGCCACCUGGGAGUUAAACGAACUCUCCUGAAGAUCCGAGAACGGUUUUACUGGGUCCACUGUCGUGACGAUGUCGAGGACUGGUGCCGCAAAUGUACAAGUUGUGCGGCUGUAAAGGGACCUCAAAUUCGUAGUAGAGGCGCAUUAAAAUUGUACAAUGUUGGUGCACCAUGA